UACGUACAAAGUAAACAGUAAAUUAGUGUAAAGUGUAGUGAUAGUUCCCUCCCAAUUCGAUUAAGCACAUUUCGAGGCAAAAAGCAAGCGUCACCUUUCGUAGUUGAACAAAAAAUAGUUAGCCAAGGAAGCGGAAACGAAAGAGACAAGUCUCGUUCAUUCGCAGAAGUAGCAGCAGUAGCAGCAGUAGCAGCAUGGCCCUCAGUACGACGACCGAUGCGUCGGUGGAUGUCAUCGCACAAAAACGGCUCGAGUGUCUGGAGACGCUCAAUGAAACCGCCGAUACGACGAUAUCGGGACUCUUCUGCCCCGGGACAUGGGACGGAUGGCUGUGUUGGCCGGACACGGCUGCGGGCACCUCGGCGUACGCGCUUUGCCCCGCGUUCAUAUCAGGUUUCGAUCCAACGAGAUUCGCGCACAAGGCGUGCGAAGAGAACGGUGAGUGGUUCCGGCAUCCGCAUACGAACAAGAGCUGGUCGAACUACACAACCUGCAUCAACCUAGACGACUACGAGUGGCGAAGGCAGGUGAACCUAAUAUACGAAACCGGAUACGCCAUCUCGCUGAUAGCCAUUCUGCUGUCGCUCGCUAUUUUAAGCUACUUUAGGUCGUUGAAGUGCGCACGGAUAACGCUACACAUGAACCUGUUUGCAUCGUUCGCCUGCAACAACUGCCUGUGGCUGUUGUGGUACCGGCUCGUCCUGACCGAUCUCGAUGUCCUGCAACAGAGCGGUGCUGGCUGCAUCACGCUGCACCUGGUGUUGCACUACUUCCUGCUGACCAACUACUCGUGGAUGCUGUGCGAGGGCUUCUACCUACACACGGUGCUAGUGUCGGCGUUCGUCUCCGAGAAGAAGCUGCUCAAAUGGCUGCUGGCGCUCGGCUGGGGUUCGCCUGCCAUCUUUAUCGUCCUGUACGGGUUUCUGCGCGGAUAUGCCAGCCCUCCGCAUGACACGAUAGAAUGCUGGAUGAACGAUAGCUCCUUCAACAAGGUGUUCGUCGGACCGGUCUGCAUUUCGAUGCUGCUGAAUCUCGUGUUUUUGUUCAACAUCAUGCGAGUGUUGCUGCUGAAGCUAAAGGCUCCCGCCGGACCGCACGGAGCGGGCCCCUCGAGGACGAUUCUGCAAGCCUUUCGGGCAACGCUUCUGCUUGUGCCGCUGCUAGGUCUCCAGUACAUGCUGACACCGUUCCGUCCAGAUCAUGGACAUCCGUACGAGCGGACGUACGAAACGAUGCUCGCUUGCACCUCCUCCUUUCAGGGCUUGUUCGUGGCAGUUCUGUUCUGCUUCCUGAACGGCGAGGUGAUCGCACAAGUAAAACGCAAAUGGCGUACCGUGUUCCUGCGCACCCGCGCCAACUCCUACACCGCGACGCAAGUGUCCCCGGUCACCUUGCAGUUCGUCCGUUGCGGUCCACCGGUGCCAGGAGAGGAGAAAGUUUGA